CAAGAACCGUCAAAGAUUGGUCGGGAAGCCAUCCCGUCGUCAACACGAACGUCGUCAAAAAAAUACUCCCAAGGGCCGACUCGAGCUCUCUCUGCUUUUGGUUUCUCUUUUCCUUCUCUCUUUUUGUUUCUUUCACGCUCUGAGUUUUUCUUUUAAAAAAAAUGCAGUCCUUCAGACGCAGCACACUGUCUGCCCUGCGGAGCGCCGUCCGCGUCCAGCAGCGCGGAUAUUCUAAGCCUACGUCUGGCUACGCUUCCACGAUCGAUAAUCUUCGGAUCAACAGCGAAACAAGAGUUCUCUACCAGGGAUUCACUGGAAAGCAAGGAACAUUCCAUGCCCAACAGGCGAUUGACUAUGGCACCAAUGUCGUUGGCGGUACCAAUCCCAAGAAGGCUGGAGAGAUGCACCUUGAUCGCCCCGUGUUUGCUACGGUGAGAGAUGCCAUGAAGGAAACCGGCGCCAAUGCCUCUGCGAUCUUCGUUCCUCCCCCAGUGGCGGCUAGAAGUAUAGAAGAAGCAAUUGAGGCUGAAAUGCCCCUUGUUGUCUGCAUUACAGAAGGAAUCCCUCAGCAUGAUAUGGUUCGCAUUACGGAUAUUUUGAAGACCCAAAGCAAGACCAGAUUAGUCGGUCCUAACUGUCCCGGAAUAAUUGCCCCUGGCCAAUGCAAAAUCGGUAUUAUGCCCGGAUUUAUCCACAAGAGAGGACGUAUUGGCAUUGUCUCCAGAUCAGGAACCCUUACGUACGAGGCUGUGAAUCAAACCACCCAAGCUGGCCUUGGUCAGUCCCUCGUCGUUGGUAUCGGCGGUGAUCCUUUCUCUGGUACCAACUUCAUCGACUGCCUUCGCGUCUUCCUUGAGGACGAAGAGACCGACGGUAUCAUCAUGAUUGGUGAAAUUGGAGGUAGCGCUGAAGAAGAUGCUGCGGAGUUCCUUAGAUCUGAAAACAAGGCAAACAAGCCAGCUGUCGGGUUCAUUGCCGGUAUCAGCGCCCCCCCAGGCCGCCGCAUGGGUCAUGCAGGUGCUAUCGUUAGCGGAGGUAAAGGUGGAGCAGACUCGAAGAUUGCUGCCCUUGAAUCAGCGGGUGUGAUUGUCGAGCGAAGCCCAGCGGCUCUUGGAAAGACUCUACAUGCCGAAUUUGUGAAGAGAGAUUUGAUCUAAGGUUGACGGCUUUGGGUCGUGAUUGCCGCGACUUUCCUGCUCACAGCAUAUGUAUUUUUUACUUGUGUUAUCUUCCCAGAGUCC